AUGAGAUUCUCCAGCACCAUUGCCGUCUUGGCUUUGGGCGCCAGUUUGGUUUCGGCCAUUCCAAGAGCUCAAGUUCUACCCGAGGAGGGAGCCGAUCCAAUUCUGCCGGAAGAUGGUGGUGUUGAAGAAGGUGUCGAGGACCCUCCUAUUGGUGAUGGACUCCUGGACGUUGACGUUGGGGACAUUCUUCCAAUCGAUGAUGGGAUCUUGAAUGGCGGAGAUGAGAACAACGGAGGCACAACUGGUAUUCCGGGGGAUGGCGAGGAGUUUGGCAACAACGCUGGUAAUGAGGACAUUAUCGAAGACCCCAUUCCCGCUGAAUGUGAAGGCGGAUGCCCUCAAGGCUGGGUUCUUGGGAACUACUGGCAUCACGGGUGUAGCUGCUGGCACCAUGGCUGGCACCCAACGAUUCAAAUCAACAGCCAAAACGACAACUCACAAAACCAAGAUUACUCUCAAAACGACCUGAAAUGGAACUCUCCAGAUGUCAACCUCACCGAAACCGACAAUUCCCGCAAGCACUCCCCAGAUGUCGCAAACGGCGUUGGUAACGACAACGGAAAAGAUAACGGAAAUGGUAACGGAGCCAACGUCACUCAAACCAACGACCAGAACGUCGCUGUCGCUGUCGAUGCUUCUCCAUCUAUCAACAUCUACAAUGCCGAUGGAUCCAUCAACGAGGCCGCGGUCGAAGAAGCGGGCCACGAACACCAUGGCGGCGACAAAGAGCACCACGGCGAUUGGUGGCCCAAGAAUGGUACUUACACUGAGAUCGUGACUGUCUUGACCACCUACUGCCCGGAGCCAACCACCAUCCACCAGAACGGAAAGGACUAUCCAGUCAAGACUGCCGGAUACGUUACCAUCACCGACUGCCCAUGCACUGUCGUCCACGACAACUCCAAGCCAACCAGCCCACCAUCUCCACCAGCUCCACCAGCACCACCAGCUCCUCCAGCCGUCGUCGCCGUCGCAGGUAACAACGGUGCCUCCGCCAACGCUGGAAGCGCUGCCGCCGACGCACCACCAGCCGUCGCCAACGUCGGCAACAACGCCGGCACCGCCGUCAAGACGUCUGCUCCAGCACAGUUCACUGGUGCCGCGAGCGUGGGGAUGGCUGUCAACUGGGUCCUGGGUGCCGCCAUGGGUGCUCUUUACUUAUUGUAA